CUGCGGCUCGAGGUAUUCCGGUCGACCGUCGUUUCUGUUCACUCCGACGGCCAUGAUGUUGAGUGCCGUAUCAAAGGCAGCCGCUGGUGCCCUGCGAGCCGUUAAACCCUCUAUACUCCAAAAUGAAGUAACAAAAGCAACAGUCGCCUUGUCAGUCAACCGACGUGACUAUGCAGCGAAGGCAGCGGCGCAGCCCAAGGCUGGCACAGCUACGGGUAAAAUCGUAGCUGUUAUCGGUGCUGUCGUAGACGUACAAUUCGACGAAGCACUUCCACCAAUCCUCAAUGCCCUCGAGGUGCAAAACCGUUCCCCCCGUCUUGUUCUCGAGGUUGCCCAGCAUCUCGGUGAGAACACUGUCCGCACCAUCGCCAUGGACGGUACUGAGGGUCUCGUCCGAGGCCAGCCAGUCUUCGACUCCGGCUUUCCAAUCAGAAUUCCCGUUGGUGCUGAGACACUUGGGCGUAUUAUCAACGUCAUCGGUGAGCCUAUUGACGAGCGUGGACCAGUGAAUACUGACAAACUCGCCGCCAUCCACGCCGAUGCUCCUGAGUUUGUGGACAUGAGUGUCGAGCAGGAGAUUUUGGUCACUGGUAUUAAGGUCGUAGACCUUUUGGCUCCUUACGCCAAGGGAGGAAAGAUCGGUCUCUUCGGUGGUGCUGGAGUAGGUAAAACUGUAUUGAUUAUGGAAUUGAUCAACAACGUUGCCAAGGCCCACGGUGGAUACUCAGUGUUCGCUGGAGUUGGAGAAAGAACUCGUGAGGGUAAUGAUCUAUACCACGAGAUGAUUGAGUCUGGUGUCAUUUCCUUGAAGGAUAAAACAUCAAAGGUAGCCCUUGUCUAUGGACAGAUGAAUGAACCUCCUGGCGCCCGUGCCAGAGUGGCUCUCACAGGUCUCACUGUUGCUGAAUACUUCAGAGAUCAGGAGGGUCAAGAUGUACUGCUGUUCAUUGACAACAUCUUCAGGUUCACUCAGGCUGGUUCUGAGGUGUCUGCCCUUCUGGGUCGUAUUCCAUCAGCUGUAGGAUAUCAGCCAACUCUGGCCACUGACAUGGGUACCAUGCAGGAGCGUAUUACCACCACGAAGAAAGGAUCAAUCACAUCAGUACAAGCUAUUUACGUACCAGCUGACGAUUUGACAGAUCCAGCUCCAGCCACGACAUUCGCCCACUUGGACGCCACCACUGUGCUCUCCCGUGCUAUCGCUGAGCUCGGUAUUUACCCCGCCGUCGAUCCCCUCGACUCCACUUCCCGUAUCAUGGAUCCCAACAUCAUCGGAGCCGAGCACUACAACAUUGCCCGUGGAGUACAGAAAAUCCUCCAGGACUACAAGUCCCUCCAGGAUAUCAUUGCUAUUCUGGGUAUGGACGAAUUGUCUGAGGAGGACAAACUCACCGUAGCAAGAGCUAGGAAAAUCCAGAGGUUCCUCUCUCAGCCAUUCCAGGUCGCUGAGGUUUUCACAGGACACGCCGGAAAAUUGGUACCCCUCGCUGAGACCAUCAAGGGAUUCCAGAAAAUCCUGGCAGGUGAACUCGACCACCUUCCAGAGGUUGCUUUCUACAUGGUGGGUCCCAUCGAGGAGGUCGUUGCCAAGGCCGAGACCCUCGCCAAACAAUAAACAAAAUUUAAAAAACCAUCGAAUGAAGAAGAAAAUGACACAUUUUUAAGCGAUAAAAUAAUAGUUGAAGAAGCAACUUCUCGUCAUCAGUUCAUUUAAUAAAUCAGUACCUCAAUUAUUUGUAUAGUGUAAUCCAUUUGAAUUAUUCAUACGCCCUUCAAUUGUUAAUCCAUCACUGGAUGUGAUUGUUCGAAACCUUUAGCUAAAAACAGAAAUUUGUCACUGCAAAUUGAAAUAAUCGUGUCGUAACGUUACGCUUGGCCACCAGGCACCAAGUUAUUGUACAUUAGUAAGGAAAAAACGAAGUAAUAAAAAAAAAUUAAAAACAA